AUGCUAAAUCUUGGAUAUCAGAUUUUGGCCGUCUUAAGAACAUUUCUAGUUUUCUUUACUCAUUUGAUCUGAAUGAUAAUGAAGAGUUAUUAAGUAGAUUACAACAAGGAAAACAACGUGAGAAACAACAAGGGAGGUUCGGAAUAAAUCAUGGACUUCGCGGAAUGAGUCAUGGACUUUACGGUCCAACUUAUGGAUCUGGACCUGAUCUAAUAAUUUUCUUAGGAGGAACAGGUAAUUAUGGCCGUUGUCAUAAAACAGAUUCAUACGAAUAUGGUUUGCUUGGAGGCGAGAAUGAAAGGAUUAGAUUUGAAUUUGAUGAAAUUGAAAUAUUUCAAAUCAUUAACUGA